AUGGUGGCCGACUGGUUGGUCGACAUCACACUGAGCGUCGGCGUCAACGCGGCGGUGAUGUUGCUUUGUUGGGUGCGGGGUGCACCAUCGACCACGGGGCUGCAGCUUUCGAGAGCUGCCGAGAACAGCAACGGACUGAGCGUCUACGCGACGUUUCCGAGCCACUUCAGCAGCGGACUAUGCGGGGAAGACGUGCAGCUGGCAGGAGGUGUUGUGGUCGCAGUGGCCAUUACAGUGGCCAUGGCGACCGAGAUCACAGCGACAGCGGCGAGCAUGACUCGAGGAGCGUUGGCAUGA